CUUUGCUUUAUUCUGUAACUUUUUGCUUUUGACUGAUUUCCCAUUUAAAAAUGGAUAGCGAUUUGGAAGUGCAAGAGUUAUUGAUGGAGAUUUUAGUAGAAAGUCCAAGAGACACUGUAGUAGACGACACGUCUGAUUCAAGUUCGUCAUCAGAGUCCUCCCUAUUCUGCGAAUUUUCAUGGAAUAUGAAAAAGAAAAAGCCUGUUAAAAGGAAUAGAAUAUCCAACUUUGUUGAAGUCACUGUAGACAACUAUGGGGACGAGGAAUUCAAGUCUCAUUUUAGGAUGAAUAAAAAAACUGCCAAUAAAAUGAUAGAAAUGCUCGAACAAUCAAAUUAUAUACCACGUCAUAGUGAUGGAAGAGAAAAAGUUUCUGCAAAGAGGGCUUUCCUGUUAGCGUUGUGGUAUCUUAGUAAUGACGAAACUUUUAGACAGAUAUCAGAUAGAUUCAACGUGUCAUUCAGCAGUGCACAUAGAUGUCUUAAUAGAGUUUUGAAUUUUUUGAUAUCCAUUAAAUCACAAAUAAUAAAAUGGCCAAAUACUACUGAUGAAAUAAGUAAAGUAAAUCAAGGAUUUAUGGAAAAAUGUGGAAUAAAUAACAUAAUUGGAGUGAUCGAUGGAAGUCAUAUCGAAAUAAAUAAACCUAAAGAAAAUCAGGACGCAUACAUCAACCGAAAAGGAUACCACAGUUUAUUAUUACAAGGAAUUGUAGACCAUAAAAGAAAAUUCAUAGAUGUUUUCUGUGGAGAGCCAGGUUCAAUGCAUGAUGCCAGGCUUUUUAGAAAGUCUGGUAUUUAUCGAAAAAUCACUGAGGACCCCACUUUUUUAGGAAAUGGAUUUUUACUAGGGGAUACAGCUUAUCCAAAUACUUCUUGGCUAGUAACACCUUAUAAGGAAAAUCCCAGAUUAACAGAAAAUCAAAAAACCUUUAAUUAUAGGAUAUCUGUGGCAAGAGUGGUCGUAGAAAAUUCAUUUGGGUUAUUAAAGGGACGUUUCCGCCGACUGAAAAAGUUGGAAAAUUUUGACUUACAAUUUUGUUCAAAAAUUGUUCUAUGUGCAUGUAUUUUGCAUAACAUCUGUUUAAAUGAAAAAGAUUUUAUAGAUACAGAAUCAACAGAUUUCAAUCAACCCUCGAAUCAACCAGACCAAAGUGGCACCAAUUCAACAAUUCCAAAUAUAACUGGAAACCGGCAGCAAUUAAUAUUUAAUGAAAUGUUUAAUGUUUAAAUAUGACAUUACAAUAACUGUAGCAAAGUAGAUAGCACAACUAAGUAAUCACCUCAAGUAUGUAUCCCAUUCAGUAAGAUAACGUAAACGUUAUGUUAGA